CGUUGGAGGGUCCUGAGGGGAUGGUUCAAACCCCCAAAAGUAGUUGAGCAAGGGAGACCAACAUCCAACAGUGAACCAUCACCUCCUGGCUGUCAGCCGUGAGUAACAAAGACCAGAGUAGUGCAGCUGUAAAAGGGGGUUUGGCAACGCAAGCUGUGAAGGAAUAUUGCACCAGACAUUAUAGCCUACUUUUCUCAAAUUGCAUGCGCUAGUAUGUCUUCUUCGGUUGUAAGAGAAGCUUAAGUUUAUUGUCUUGGUGCUAAAGCUCUGAUAAGGAAGUCAUGAACAGGGAAAAGGUUCAGGUGGGAGACGUCUCAGUUGCUGCUCCGCCAGCGUCCGGUGUGACUGCCCAAACAGCUGUGAUCGUCGUGGCCGCUCCGGAAAGCAUGGACAAUCACGGCGAGAAGCGGCUCUCUGCCAACGCACUGUCGGUGUUUUCCUGCCCCGGGGGUAGAGACAUACUGCAAGCGGACAGUCGAAACAACUCUCCACGUCAAGAGCCGGCUCCGGUAGCAAUGCCAAUGCUUCACCGGACCACUUCAUUUUCGGUUUUGGACAUUUUGGACCCAAAUAAAUUUACGAGCAAAAAGCCAAAUCCUAACCGGACAGGCAGCGAAUUCGCCUUCGGGACAGAGAACCGUGGAGGUGAUGACUCGAAUCAUGAUGUAGAGCAGAAGUCUUAUGCAGACGACUAUGACACAUGUCAAAAAUCUACAGGACUAAAGGAGGGGUUCAUGUGUGCCUACAGAUCCGAAGAAUGCGAGAAUGAUUUCAAAAGAGGCUCCCACUCUGACAGCGAGAUGCAGGAUGACGUGUGUAGUGAGGAGAGCAGCAGCGCACUAACUGGAAACGCGGAGGGGGAACUGGGACACCAUGAUGACGACGACCAGGCGAGCAAGAGCCCAAGAAGUCCUGGUGGACAGCAAACUCAACAGUCAGGGUCGAAUGGACAAAGUAAUCAAGGAAAGCCGAAGAGAAAGCGCUCUGGCUCCGAUUCAAAGUCGGGUAAGCCCCGAAGGGCCCGGACAGCAUUCACUUACGAACAACUUGUUGCACUGGAGAACAAAUUCAAGUCCACCCGAUACCUCUCUGUGUGUGAGAGGCUCAAUUUGGCACUGUCACUCAGUUUGACUGAAACUCAAGUCAAAAUCUGGUUCCAGAACCGACGGACCAAGUGGAAGAAACAAAACCCUGGCGCAGAUACCAGCGCCCCGACGGGCGGUGGCCAGAACGGCCAGAGCAAUGGACUAGGAAGCCUGAGUCCACUCAGCUCGUCUCCUCCCAUGAGCCAUCUGUCAAUGCACACGGGCUACCCAGGUCACGGACCAGGCGGGCUAGUCUGCACCACCCAAUUACCCUUUCUGCCAAGUCAUGCGGUACUGUCACCUUUCAUGUUAGGAUCUCAGACUUACGGAGCGCCUGCGUUUUACACUUCUCACCUGUAA